GCUCUUUAUUAAAAUGGUCCAAACAUUAUUUGUAGCUAGCUUGAUAGCAAUCGAAACGUCCACGGCGUGUAGUUAGCAAUCGCAGGUAACUAGCAAACCAUGUCAAACAUUUUGUAUUUGUAAUACAUUUUGAGGUAAUAGGAUUAUUCUUAACAUUUAUGUACGACAUUUAUCGUUAAAUUACCUACCUAUCCUGAACGUCUAAGCUUACUAACGUUAGCUAGUUAGCUAGUAGGUUAGCUAGAAGCUAGCUAGUAAUGGUACUGGACAUUUAACCCGAAUAAUUAGCUAACUCUUUGUGGUGAUAAUAGAUACGUUUGUGAUCCAUUUGGCCAUAUGUCCUUACCAAAGGCUGCAAUCAAUAUGGAUGUGGUUGAGUUUCUGGUGUCCCUGUUGGAUGUGCAUAAACAACAACUGAAAGCUCUGACCAGACAGGGGGAGAUCCAGGCCAAGGUCCUCAGUCAGCUGGUCAAGGAUGGUUUGUCCAGAACCCUUGACCGGCCUUCAUCCCAGGAUGAAGAGGAGCAGACAAGGAUGACACCAGGGAGUGAUAAAGACCCAGAGGACUGGGGAGCUAGGCUGACUGGGCUUCUGCAAGAAGAGAUGCAGAAGCAGAGUCAACCGAUCAGACCCCUGGGCUUGUCUAAUGCCUUCCAAACCAGGAUACUUGGACAGAUGUGGACUGUGGAGGAUCAGAGCAGGCAGGACUUUCUGUCUCUGAGGUAUGACCCCCAGAAGGGAAUUAGAGAGCUGGGGCAAAAGCUUGACUCUGCUGCCAAGCACUGGCUUAGGCCUGACUUAAGGACUGCUGCACAAGUAGAGCAGUGUGUGGCCAUGGAGCAGUUUCUGUCCCUUUUGCCACAGGAGGUUGGCACCUGGGUGCAGAAGCAGCAGCCCAGGGAUAUGGAGGAAGCAAUCAGCAUGGCUGAACAGCGGCUUCAGUCUGGGAUCUUAACGGUCUGCUCGCCUUCCCCUGCCCCUACACAGACAGACAACGCACAGAGCUCAACAGACACCCAAGAACAAGGGACUGUCAAGAUCCAGAGCACCAGUGAACAGCCAGAUGCUUUGACCAAGUCAUUUCUCAACGAGUUGGAGACCGUAAAACUGGAGUCUGUUAAUUUCAACCUGGAGAUUCCAGCCUUAGGGGUGACCAAGUACCAGGAGAAAAAGAACCUUGCCAAGAGUGUCCCAGAGGAAGGGUCCAUGUUUGUAUGUAAGCAGGAAGUGGAGGACCCCGACUGCUAUCAGAUAACUUCUCCAGAGCCCAUCCAAAUGUCAGGGAACGCAGCAGGACACGACAGUAUGUCUGUUGACACGCCGUACGUCUCUAAUCCCAGAAACAACCCUCUGUCCUCCACCAUGUACACUCAUCCAACAGUCACAGCGUCCAGUCAGAUGGCCUCCACACCCCUGGCCCCUGACAGCUGUCAUCCCUACGUCCAGGUCAGCCCCGUGACGGACAGACUGCGGAGCAGCAACGCUUCCAGCGACGAGACGGAGCUCACUGCCAGGUACACCGGGCUGAUCUCGGAAGAUGGGCAGCUCACCUGGGGGACCCUCCGCAGGGUUCCCUCGCCCUCCUUCCACGCUCGCCCGCCCUCGCCCUCGCCCUCCCACCAGUGUCCGGACUGUGGCUGCUGCUUCACCCAGCAGCGGAGCCUGGAGGAGCACCGGAACAUUCACACUGGGGCCAGGCCUUUCGUCUGCGGUGUGUGUGGGAAGGCCUUCUGCCACCGCCGCACCCUGAACAAACACACACGCAUCCACUCCUGGGAGAGGCCCUUUCAGUGUACCGACUGUGGACAGACGUUCAAACUCAAAGACACCAUGAAGAGGCACCAAGUGUCCCACAGCAGGCCAGGACCACGUCACCUCUCUCACUCACCCUGAGGCUUCAACGAGCUGCUCUUCACUUGGCUGUAAGGGAGGACACAGGCAAUGAGGGCCUGAAGUAGGGCUGGUCAGGGGUCUUUCUCUGUAAAUGUCCUAUGUACAGUAGGAAGAUUAGUUAAAUCUAAUUUAAUGGGUUAAAAUCUACCACUGUUUUCUUUUGGCAUGUUUCAUAAACAUAACACAAACCAGCAACCAAACAUGACAAAGAAGCACAGGGACAGCACUGGUCUGGCACUGGCAGGAAGCAGUAAACAGGAGCAUUCAGAACAGCUUUCACAAACCAAAAUAUUAUGUAAACAACCUCAAAUAACUUUUGUUUUUGCUUUGAGCCAAGAUAGUGUUUCAUGAUUUUGGUUAUUUCAAUCUUCUUGAGUAAUUUUUUACUAUUCAGAGUAGCUGUUGUCAUGUUUGUAUUUUAAUUUUACAAAACAGAUUAUAACAUUUUGUAACAAUGUGCUGUAUUUAUUUUUAGAUGAUCUAUUUGUGGUUUUGUGCUAGGCCUUUACAUACAUUUGUGUCAGUUCCGUUAGCUGAAGAGUGUGUAUAUUUAUUUACAGUUGGGAAAGGCAUCCUUUGAGAGAUACUGUCUGGCCUUGCAUGUGUCAUGUUAUAACAUUUCCUUAAUAGAUGGAAAGUGUGUCACAAAUUUCCUUCUCAUAUUGGUCUAAGUCAAGUCUUUAUUUGAUCCAUUUUCAACAAAUGCAAAAACAUGCUUGACAAAAUAUUGAAGUAAAUACAUUGAUCUGAUUAGUUAGUUUUAUCAUUGGAAAUAUGAUUAACUUCACUCAUACUGUUUUAUAAUUUAUUAUUAAAAUCAGCUGAAUUGAA